UGUAACAAACCAAAUCCUUCGUCUCUAUUUUCUUUUUCUUUUUCUUUUUUUAGUAAUUAUCCACUCCAUUUGCUUGUUAGUUGAAAAUUCUCUGGAAAAGGAAAUAACCCAGUAGAGUGAACCGAGAAACUUAAUAAUGAAGGGUCCAAUAAAGAUUGCAAUCGCUGACAUGUUGAUCUCUUUCUUGUGGGUAUUUUGUUCAUCUGCGUUUGGUCUAUUAACUUAUUUUAUAACCACCGCCGCUGGUGUUCAAACCGUACCUUGGGCUUCUAUUGUUAUCAUCACCGUCGUCUUUUUCGUUUUCCUUUCCAUCUUUAAUAUUAUUGGUGGAUUUCUUGGUGGUGCUAGUUUUGAUCCUGCUGCUACAACUGCCUUCUACGCCGCCGGUUCCGGCGCCGAUACCCUUAUCUCCAUGGCCCUCCGCUUCCCAGCUCAGGCUUUUGGUGCCGUGGGUGGUGCCCUGGCAAUCAUGGAGGCAAUCCCGGAACAAUACAAGCACAUGAUAGAGGGACCAUCUGUGAAAGUAGAUACGCACACUGGAGCCUUUGCAGAGGGGGUCUUGACUUUUGCAAUCACCUUUAUUGUUCUUUUAAUCAUGCUUAGAGGCCCGCAGAGUGAAAUCUUCAAGACGUGGUUUCUUUCUAUUGUGAUCGUAACAUUAGUAACGUUUGGCUCUGCUUACACUGGACCUUCCAUGAAUCCUGCAUUUGCCUUCGGUUGGGCAUAUGUACACAACCAGCAUGACACAUGGGAUCACUUUUACAUUUAUUGGAUCUGUCCAUUCAUCGGAGCUACAUUAGCUGGGUGGGUUUUCCGGCAAUUCUUCUCCCUACCACCGGUGAAGGUGAAGAAAACAUAAGGUGGCUUAAAAAGAUUCGUGUGCUCAUCAACAACAGAUAAGCUCAACUUUUAUGCAAUAAACAGUUGUUUUCUGGAAUUGGUUCUUUCAAUCAGUUGUGGAUAAUAUGAAAGAACCAUCCUUAUUUUGGAAGAACAAUGUUGUUUCAGCUCUUAAAUUUUAAACACAUAUCAGAAGUAUGUUUGGCAACAGAGAGUCUGAGCUCAUGCAGAACUUUGCAUGUUUUGAACCAAUCAUUCUGAGCUCUCUAGUAUAAUAUAAAUAAAAUAUAUCUUAACUAGUUGUUUACCCAUGCA